AUGGCUGGGUUGGUGGACACGGGUUUCUCAGGGUCCAACUUUACGCAGUCCAAUAAUAGACAAGAUUGGACCCGCAUUUGGGAGCACAUAGAUAGGCUGCUCAGUGAUCGAUCGGCGGAGGAUAUGGGUAUCAAUUUCAAGGUCCACCAUUUGGGUAGGGCUACUUCUGAUCACGCUCUCUUGCUACUAUUGGCAGUCACUCGCUUGAAUACCUCUCCCAAACCAUUUUAUUUUUUGAACUGUUGGACCACGCAGGAGUCUUUCCUGGAUGUAGUUUGGCAGAAUUGGCAUGUGGAGUCACGGGAGACCCCCUGUACGUUUUGGCCGCUAAAUUGGGUCGUGUUAAAAAGACGCUUAAGGCAUGGUCGAGGGAGUUUUGGGGAUAUCUUCGAGAAGGUGAAAAAGGCAGAGGAGGAAGUGGCCCAGGCUGAAUGUUGCUUCGACGAGAACUGGUUAGAGAUGCAACAAGUGCGUCCAAAUGAGAGACGAGUUUUGCUCACCCAUGGGCAGGUGACCGAAGACAUGUUUUGGCACCAAAAAGCCAGGGCGGAAUGGUUAACAGAUGGGGAUAAGAAUACCAGGUUCUUUCAUGCUUGUGUGUCGGAGCGGAUGAAAAAGUCUAUGAUCCAUCGAAUAAAAUUGCAAUGCGGGGAGUGGCUGGAAAGGGAGGACGACAUCGCUAAGAAGGCAGUCUCCUUUUUUCAACUCCUGUUCUCGGAUCAGUCAGGGUUGAGUUCCGCUCCAGUGCCGGAUGUGAUCCCCAAACUGCUCUCUGAGCAGGAGAACCUCGAGUUGGAACAUCACCCCUCUCUUGAGGAGGUUAAGGACGUGGUGUUUUCAUUGGAUCUCGAUAGUACUGCUGGGCCUGAUGGGUUCUCGGGGAGGUUUUUUACCCUUGCAUGGGAGAUUGUUGGGGAAGAUGUUUUUGAGGCGGACUUCUCACAAUAUCGACCAAUUAGCCUUUGUACGUUUGUGAAUAAGAUUAUCUCUAAACUGCUUGCAAGGAGACUGGCGAGGGUUUUGCUGCUCUUGAUUUCGGAUAACCAAAGCAGCAUUGUUCAGGGUUGUCAAAUUUUGGAUAACUUUCUGUUGGCCCAAGAGUUAGUUUCUGGUAUUCGGAGGUCGAAUAGAGGAGGUAACGUGGUCCUUAAGCUAGAUAUGGCAAAGACCUAUGAUAGGGACACCGAAGGGGUUCUUUACAUCUUCCAGGGGCUACGCCAAGGGGACCUCAUAUCACCAACUCUAUUUAUUUUGGCGGUAAAAGUUCUAUCUCGUUCGAUAAAUGCGUUGCUGGCAGAUAGGGGGUUUAUUCCGUUCAAGGUUCCCAGAGACUACCCUAACAUUUCUCACCUAGCUUACGUAGAUGAUGUAAUGAUUUUCAGUAACGGGUUGAAAGAGGUCUUUAAAGAUGGUUAUGCGCUCUUUGGAAGCUUACUGUAA